UUUUUCAUUUAUUUUAAUCUUAAGAACUUUGAUCCCAUGUUUGUAUUAUUUGAUGUUUGUGUAUACAUCAUAAGAAAUCGUUUAACUGUAGAAAGACGCGAAAAUGUGAUUCCAGGUUAUGUAAUCUCAUGAAGCUGUAUUGGUAAGACAAUUUGCUAUAAUGGGUAAAAGAAAAGGAGCUGAACCUUGCACAGCAGGUAAUAAAGGCAAUGCAAAGAAAUCUAAGAAGGAAACAGCCACAGGAAAAACAGUUGAAAAGAAGAAAGGACAGAGCGACGCUAAACCUGCAAAAUCCAGUAAAGCGAAGCCUCAGACAAAGAGCUAUCCUAAACUGAUUGAUGAAACUGACAAUAAUGAGACAGUAGAGCUACAUUUCACAGAACCAUUACCAAAGAGGAACGCAAAGGGCCAGCUAGUGUUUCCUGAUCACCCAGAAUUACGACCAAACAUGACACCAAAGGAAGUAUUACAAGCAGGCAGUUUUGGAGGGACAUAUUUCAGACCAAUCAAGUCUUCAGUUACAGGUAAAAGUUACACGCAGGUUUGGAAAGAAUUACCAAAGGAUUGGCUUGAAGGACUGAACAUAGGAAAACAGGUGUCGAGUUCAACCUACGAUGAGAAAGUAAAUACAUAUGGAGUAAAAUGUGGAGGUAGUCUAGAAAUGUGGGAAGAGAGUGGCUGGAUCCACAAACAGGACCCAUAUGGCUGGUUCAUGUGGUACUGCAGGUUUUAUCAGGGGAGAAGAACAAGUGAUGAUGAACGGCAGAUUGGACGUUGGUUACGAUGUGCUGGUGAAACAGGAAGAUGGCGAAACAAUCUGAUUUCCAAGUGUGUAAGAAGUGGUUGUGCCUUUGAUAAUCCGGGUGUGUCCCCUGUUGUCAGGCAGACACUUCAGCACUGGGGAUACAAGCUGAACAAAGAGGACUUUGAAGCCUACCAGAAGAAGAUGAAAAAGAAAGGACUAGCUUAAUAGAUUCUGGAAAUACAUUAGGCUGUUCAAGACAUUAACAUUCAUUUGAAGUUAAUUACAGCAUUUUUUAUGAAAUGUGAAUAUUGUACUCUAAAAUAAUUUUUAUGAACAGGUAACAGCUUCACUGGUGUUAUCUUUUAAUAGGUUUAUGAAAUAUUUUUUGUAUUUUACCAAAAUGAGUUCUCAAGUAGUUUGUGGAUAAAUUCUAUAUACAAAUUCAUAUGUAGGCAAGAUCAGUUCUGCAAUUUACUAAUUGAUCGUUUUGUUUAAUUUCAUUUGCUUAGGGGUUAGUCCAGUACAUAUAGUUUCACCAACAUACUUGUUAGCCCACCAUCAUCAGAUGGUGGGCUAUUCAAAUCACUCUGCGUCCGUGGUCCGGCGUCCUUCCGUCCGUCCGUCCUUCCGUUAACAAUUUCUCGUUAUCGCAUCUCCUCAGAAACUACCAGGGGGAUUUUGACCAAACUUUGUCAGAAUAAUGUAUUGGUAUCCUAGUUGUGUCCCCCUGAAAAUCAGACUGGUUCAACAAUUUUUUAGUAAGUUAUGGCCCUUUGUUUAUUUCUAUAAUUUACAUAGAUUUAUAUAGGGAAAAACUUUAAAAAUCUUCUUGUCCAAAACCACAGUGCCUAGGGCUUUGAUAUUUGGUAUGAAGCAUCAUCUAGUGGUCCUCUACCAAUAAGAUUCAAAUUAUUUCCCAUGGGUCUAAUAAGGCCCCGCCCUGGGGGUCACAUGGUUUAUAUAGACUUAUAUUGGGAAAAACUUUGAAAAACCUCUUGUCCAAAACCACAGGGCCUAGGGCUUUGAUAUUUUGUAUGUGACAUCAUCUAGUGGUCUUCUACUAAGUUUGUUCAAAUUAUCCCCCUAGGGUCAAAAAUGGCCCCGCCCCGGGGGUCACAUGGUUUACAUAGACUUAUAUAGAGAAAAACUUUGAAAAUCUUCUUGUCCAAACAACAAAGCCUAGGGCUUUGAUAUUUGUAAUGUAGCACCAUCUAGUGGUUCUCUACCAAGUUUGUUAAAAUUAUCCCCCUAGGGUCAAAUAUGGCCCCGCCCUGGGGGGUCACAUGGUUCAUAUAGACAUAUAUAGGGAAAAGCUUUUAAAAACUUCUUGUCAAUAACCUACAACAUUCAAAUUUGGACCACAUGUAUGGUUUUGAGUGGCAAUAUGAACCUUGACAUGAGUUGACCUUGAUUUUGACCUAGUGACCUACUUUCACAUUUCUGUAGCUACAACCUUCAAAUUUGGACCACAUGCAUAGUUUUGUGCACUGAAAAAAACUUUGACCUUGACAUUGACCUAGUGACCUACUUUCACAUUUUUGAAGGUACAGGCUUCAAAUUUGGACCACAUGCAUAGUUUCGUGUUCCGAAAUGAAAUUUGACCUUGAUUUUGACCCAGUGACCUACUUUCACAUUUCUCAAGCUACAGCCUUCAAAUUUGGGCCACAUGCAUGGUUUUAUGUACCGAAACAAACUUUGACCUUUACAUUGACCUAGUGACCUACUUUCACAUUUUUGAAGGUACAGGCUUCAGAUUUGGACCACAUGCAUAGUUCUGUAUUCCGAAAUACAAUUUGACCUUGAUUUUGACCUAGUGACCUACUUUCACAUUUCUCAAGCUACAGCCUUCAAAUUUGGACCACAUGCAUGGUUUUGUGUACCGAAACAAACUUUGACCUUUACAUUGACCUAGUGACCUACUUUCACAUUUUUGAAGGUACAGGCUUCAAAUUUGGACCACAUGCAUAGUUCUGUAUUUCGAAAUAAAAUUUGACCUCGAUUUUGAUCUAGUGACCUACUUUCACAUUUCUCAAGCUACAGCCUUCAAAUUUGGACCACUUGCAUAGUUUUGUGUACCGAAAUGAACUUUGACCUUAAGAUUGACCUAGUGACCUACUUUCACAUUUCUGUAGCUACAGGCUUCAAAUUUAGACCACAUGCAUAGGAUUGUGUACCAAAACAAACUUUGACCUUGACAUUGACCUAGUGACCUACUUUCACAUUUUUGAAGAUACAGGCUUCAAAUUUGGACCACAUGCAUAGAUUUGUGUUGUGAAGUGAAAUUUGACCUUGAUUUUGACCUAGUGACCUACUUUCACAUUUCUCAAGCUACAGCCUUCAAAUUUGGACCACUUGCAUAGUUUUGUGUACCGAAAUAAACUUUGACCUUAAGAUUGACCUAGUGACCUACUUUCAAAUUUCUCAAACUACAGCCUUCAAACUUUAUGCACAUGCAUAGUUUUGUGUACAAAGAACUUUGUCCUUGAAAUUGAUCUAGUGACCUACUUUCACAUUUCUCAAGCUACAUCUUUCGAAUUUGGACCACAUGCACAGUGUUGUGUACGGAAAUGAAAUUUGACCUUGAGCUAGUCAUUAAGUCUUGAAAUUUGGAACACUCAAAAAUGGCACAUUGGUGGGCGCCAAGAUCACUCUGUGAUCUCUUGUUUUAAAGCUGUACUUGUAGACCGAAAAUCCAUUGGCAGAUCACUGUCAGGUGAUACACAGGUGUAAUCACAAGUAGUUCAGAUGAGGAGUCCUUAUCUUUGUUCCUUUCUCAAUAGCAUCAUGCUUUCUUUUAAUUAAUAACGCUUUAGUAUGUGUACGAGCAUUCUGUUGAAAUCUACAUGGCAUGCUAGAGAAAAAUGUCCGCGUAAAAAUUUUAGGUCCCGAAAAGUGACGCUGAAAGAAGCUUAAAGGAGUUAAUUUAGAUGGUUGUAGUAAAUGAAAAUACAUUAUAUAAAAGCCAACACCUCUGCUUGAACUUUAUCUAGUGGGUGUAGUGCCGGGAUUUAUUCAUUAUUUUUCUUAUCAAGUUCAUUUAAACACCCAGUUAAGUUUCAAAGGACUUAAGCAAUGUAUGAGAGUUCAGAGAGUUACUUAGAAUGGUGUAUGAUUUUAGUACCUUUCAGAUCAAGUUCUAUAUUUAUAUUUGAUAGAUAUAUUAAAUAUUUUGCCCCAUUCACAGAAAAAAGAAUAGUGAAUUGUUUUGUUCCUUUCGGUCAGGUAACAAUUUGGUUUCCGGAAUGUUGAAGGUCAAGGUCGGAGUGACUUUCAGACUGAAGUAGUAGGUAACAGUGACCAUUCAACUAAAAAUUGUAUAUGAUACAUAGAUAUUACUUGAGCCUGUGGCCAUCAGACUUCAUGGCAUGACUUCCUAAGGUCAGAAAAUGACCCUUAAUGUUUAGAGUAUUUAGAUCAAAGGUCAUGGUUAUUUCCGACUGAAAAUUACAAACCCAUUUACUUAUUACAGGUUAUCAUUGGAGGCAUACAAAAAAAUGUAUAUGUUUUACACUUACACAUAGCUCUUGUUAUUAAUGAUGUUUAUGUAUGAACUAAAGGGAUACUUUGUACAUAAAUUUAUACAUGAGGCAAUUUUACAAAACACAGGUCUUUAUAUAAGUUAUAUUUGUGCAUAUUGGUGAAUUUAUUGUUUAAUUACUUAGGGAGUUCUUUCUUGUUUUAUUGUGACUUUUUUGUGUAUAUACAUGCUCUUUAUUAUUUUUGUCAUGUUUGAAUGGUAAAUGCUACUCCUUCCUAGUCUGAGCAAAAUGAAUGAUCAUCUUCAGUUUUACAUAGUUUGAUAUGCUAUGUAUAUCUAACAUUGAGAAAGAACAAGGUAAGGAAAAACAGUAUUGAAUACUUUAGAAAAAUUUCCAGCUCUCAUAACUUUUAAAGCAAUGUUUUACACUUUACAUGGAUGCAUGUAGCUUAUACAAAAUACAUUUUUAAACAGUUUUUGGAAGGAAUUAGUUUUUUUCCAACAAGAAUGUAUUAGUUACUUCAAUGUAGUUUAACAAGAUUUGAGAUUAUUUUUCAUUUUAUCUACUUUUUGUUUCGGCAGAGUUCCUUCUACUGAUUUUGUUUUUCAUGUUUUUAACAUAUUUUACCUGUUUUAAAUUAUUCUGGCAUACCACAUGUUUACCAUAGUUUGUCUUGGGAACCAUUGUCAAGCAUGUGAAGGAUGAGAAUGGUUUUUACUUUACUUUGCAUCUCCCUUUAAGCCCGAGUCAGUUCACUGUAUUACCUUUGUACAAGGGAGAGGUGUUGCAAAUUUUACUACCAGCUUCAAACUGAUAUUGAUUGGUUGUUUUCUUUGGCCCUGAAGAGUCUUCUUUAAUAAUGUCAACUUUUAGACAUGUUGCUUCAUUUUCAGUUCAUUGCAUCUCAAGUUCUUGGUCUGUUGUGAACAUUGGUAGUCUGGCAACAGACACUCUUUCAAUUCUUUCUGUAUGAUUUUGUGAAAGUAAUUUCUAAUCUAGAUACAGGCUUAAUGAUUUGGAAAUUUCAAAUAUUUGUGUAUAUAAUUGAGUGUAUUUUAAUGUGUAGUGGAAUAUUUGGUCAGUAAAUUCAAAAAUGGUUGGUAAAUUAAAAAGUAGACUUUUC